CGGCCCGGCUCCCCGAUGCUCCCGCGCCGGCUGCCGCGGGCCGGGCUGUGCGCGUAGUGCCCGGCUCUGGCUCCCUGAAGUGGCCGCGGGGGUGGGAGCGGCCUCGGCCCCGCGGAGACGGAGCGGCUGGAGGACGAGGCGGCGGCCGCGGGGAGGAGGAUGGGGGCUAACCAGUUAGUGGUGCUCAACGUGUACGACAUGUACUGGAUGAAUGAAUACACCUCAUCCAUCGGAAUUGGCGUUUUUCAUUCAGGAAUUGAAGUAUAUGGCAGAGAAUUUGCUUAUGGUGGCCAUCCUUACCCCUUUUCUGGAAUAUUUGAAAUUUCCCCAGGAAAUGCUUCUGAACUAGGAGAAACAUUUAAAUUUAAAGAAGCUGUAGUUUUAGGGAGCACGGACUUCCUGGAGGAUGACAUAGAGAAGAUCGUGGAAGAGCUGGGGAAGGAGUACAAGGGCAAUGCCUACCACCUGAUGCACAAGAACUGCAAUCACUUCUCUUCGGCUCUGUCGGAGAUUCUCUGUGGGAAAGAGAUUCCUCGCUGGAUCAAUCGGCUUGCCUACUUCAGCUCCUGUAUCCCCUUCCUACAGAGUUGUCUCCCCAAGGAGUGGCUCACCCCCGCAGCCCUGCAGUCCAGCGUCAGCCAAGAGCUACAGGACGAGUUGGAGGAGGCUGAGGACGCCGCUGCGUCCGCAUCCAUGGCCAGCACCACAGCGGGCUCCAGACCCGGGCGCCACACUAAACUAUAAACGUCUCCAAAGUCACCUCUUCAGAGCUGUCUCUUGACAGUUGACUAUCAACUAGAGAAAAGUAAAAGAGUAAGCGUCCUCUGGAUAUUUUGUAUGCAAAGAUGGCUCUCCCCCAAAUCCCAGUUUUUCAGCUCAGGAUUAUAUUUGUAAUCAAAAGAAUCACUUGGCGCAGGAGGGAGAACUUUGUAUGAAGCUGCCCUCUGGUUUUUUUUACCCACUUGUAAAUUUGGAUUUACUUGUUUUAUACGAGUUCUGUUAAGUUAUGUUUACAGUAUUUUGUAUCGCUGUUUACAAAUCUUGCAUGGACUCCUGCCACCGUGAAAGAAGAAAAUCUUCACGUCUUCACCAGUGAGGCAGGUCAUCUUUGUACACUUCUGACAGUUGCCAGAGCUACGGCAUUAACACUAGGCACACGAGAGGUCCUUGAGUGCUUAGAGUCACCAUCACCUGCUUAAGAAUGGUCUUUUAGGUUGGUGUUUGGUUUUGUUAGCGUUGUGGCACCCGGACACAGAGGAGAAGGAGCACACGUGGCCUGAAACCUCGGGGCCUGGGGCUCCCCCAGACCAGAGGGGGGCUUUUAAUCCCAAAUUCCAGUCCACUGUGGUGGGCUGGUCCAUUCCUGUGUCCGUCCAGCUUGGACGCCUCUGAGUCUAUAGUUAAGAUGGUUUUCGUUAAAGAUAUUCUGCUAGUCACUGAGGAGUAUUUUUGCACAUGUGUUGGGGGCUUCAUCUUUAUUUUAAUACAUACUGCUACCCUCCCUGCACUGGGCUGUGUUGAUGGGGUUGGAAAGAUCCUAAGUGGCAGCCCUCUGAGUAGCAGUGUGAGUUGACAUUCAACUGCUUUAUAACUGUUCAGGCUGCCUUUCAUACUAGACCUUGAAAACUGGAGUCUGAAGCAACACUCUCCAGAAAGUUCAUUAUUGGAUAUUCCGACAUCUUACGUACCAUUUCAGACAGAGUGUGUUGGAGUUCAUUGGCUUGUUACGGGAGUAGCGCCACCUCAUCAUAGAAAACCCAGUCGCGUUGACUUUAUGUUGAAAGAUAUUUGUGUGUCUUAAAAUUCAUCUUUUUCCGUUCUCUCAAAUGUGUCUCUUACAGAACCUCCCCUGAGAAAGGAAUUGUCACCGCAGAUAAGUCCUCAUUAGCAAGGACUCUCUGCUCAAAUCUACUCCCAGUGUGACCCUUGGAUGUAAGAGCCAAGUCAUUACAUGUCAGAUUCCAUUUUUCUGCCUUAAGAAUGAAUGUCCUACGUAGAAUAUUGGGUGCAGCAUAUAAAUUAUCCAAGGCAGUGACUUCAGCUUUAUAGAGAUUGUUAGUUUUAAAGUCACCUACUUUUAUUUCAACUUCUAGAUUGGAUUGUUUGCUAUUGCCCUUUAUAAAGAUACAUAUCUUUGAGUAAAGUACAUUUUUAACUUUUCUGUCAGCUGAUUUUGAUUCAUUUUAUCAACUUAAGCCCACCCUAUUCCUAGGGAAAACAAACCUUGGGUUAGAAGCCCUGACCUGAGGACAAUGAAACCACUUAACCUAAUACAUGUUUUUGACUGUUCUGUUCCUGGAGAGGAAAGCCUUGACAAGUCUAUCCUCAGUUUUUUAGUGGGUGCAGAGCACUCUUUUAAGAGAUGGGACAGGAAGAAGAAAGGAAUAUAGGAUCUUUGCAAGAAGUUCACUUGGUUCAGGCAUAAAAAGGAGAUUUAGAAUAAAACACUAAGACUCUGGCAGUGCGUUUGUUCACUCAGAGGAGAGUCCUAAACCCCGGUCGGCUAUAAAAACGUCUGAUGCCGUUUGGGAUAUUUUUUAAAUAAUGUGGUGGAUGACAGUUUCUAAUCAUUCAGAGAAACAUGAUCUUAGUCUGUGCUGCUGACCCAAGAAAAGGAGGGCCUGUCGGUUAGAGUCUUCCUGGGGAAUAGCCGAGAAAACCCCAUCUGUGCUCAUCCGGAACCCAGCACCUCCACACACAAAUGAUUUCCUUGUUGUUGCAUUGUAUUUACUUUCAUCUGCAGCAUUUGGAGUGAAAAAUAGUGUGAAGGGUCCUGGUAGAAAUAAGUAGUGGCCUGAGGCCAUUUAUCAUACUAACAAUCAGCAGAUAAAAUCCUGGGUGUGAGCUUGCUUGCAACCCAGUUGUACUUGAGGUUGAAAAGAGAGAAAUGUCUUUAUGUUAGAAAAUCUCAUUUAAACCAGUUCCUCUCUGUAGUUCAGAGUUGAGGUUGAACUUAACUCACUAGCAUUUAACCAGCUUUUCCUUGCCUUUGCAGGGAAAGAAUUAUGUUCUCAGCCUGAUCUCUGUUGAGAAAAAUCCAGUCAUUAGGACACAUGUGAUAUGAUGGAGUCAGAGAUUCUCUCUGUAUCGUAACUGAGUGAAACACAUUUCUCAUGGUGGGCUGGAUGGUAACAGUGUGGGAAGGUCAGAAGCUACUGGUUUCUGUUGGUUUCCAUGCCCUUGGGUGAGUGAAUUGGUUGGUUGCUUGGUUUUGUCAACCCUAAGAAGGGGGCAUCAGUUUUGGGAAGUGGGAGUCUGGAGUUGUAGGAGGUGGAGUCAAAAGAGCCUCCACUGGAUACCUGAACCCCAGCCACCUGUUGCUCUGACCCACAGCAAUAGCGCAAAGCUCCCUUCACCAGCAUUUGUACAGAGCAGGAAUUCUGGUGUUAGCCGAUGGACGCCAUUGUGUGUACGAGGAGAGUCCACGCUACAGACAGUGGCGGGACUCCGUAUCCGUGGCUUCUCUCCAUCACAAAACGGGUAGAAACACAUUCACUGCUUCAGGGCUCUAAUCUGUGUGUCUUCUUUUGGCUCCAUUUCUGCAAGACAUUCGGUCAUUUUGAUACAUGCUGUGUUUCCUUUGGGUUUUGUUCAGCAAGCUGGCCAUGCUGCCAUCGCAUCUUCUUCCCUGCCGUCUGUUCUUAGGGUGUGGCUCAGUUACUAGACUCGCCUUGUCUACGCAGUCAAUACACGUCUUCACUGUUUGAGAGGUGUUACAGCUGUUAAAGAAUCUUCAUGAACCUGAAGAUAAUUUCUUGUGAAGUUGAAUGCAAAUGUACUGUCAUUCAUAGUGUUUAUAUAAAAAACAAAUACCAGGAAUUUCACUUUUGCUACCUUGAUAUAGCAUUGGGCUAUCAUGUUAACAACAUUGAAAUACAUCAAUUUAUUAAAAAAAAUACUUUUAUAGGAAA